AUACUAUGCUUAUUUUCUCACGAUACACAUACAUUGAAACCAAAGUAGUAAUCAUUAAUAAUCACAUGGCUAAGUUCUCUCCCAUCGUCUCCCUUCUCUUCGUUGCUCUUGUCCUCUUUGCUUCUCUUGAAGGACCAACAAAGGUUGAAGCUCAAAAGUUGUGCAAAAAGAAUAGUGGGACAUGGUCAGGAGUUUGUGGAAACAAUAAUGCAUGCAAGAAUCAGUGCAUUAAUCUUGAAGGAGCACGUCAUGGUUCUUGCAACUAUGUCUUCCCAUAUCACAGAUGUAUCUGUUACUUCCCAUGUUAAUCAACCAAAAACUCCAUGGUUCGUAAGUGUGUGUGUAUUUUACAUAAAUAAGUCUCUGCCACUCUAUGAGUGACUUAAUGACAUGUGUCCUGGUAUUGUUACUAUGUAAACUUCUAUCGUUUCUUAUAAUAAUAUAAAUCUUUACGUAUUAGAACU